AUGUCCAGUUCGGAACAAGAAGAAUCUUACAUGAAUUUAAGCAAUAUUGAGCUCAUUGAAGAAAUUAAAUACCCUGAUCGGGCUUCAAAAAUUAUAUGGAGCAUCAAUUCCAAUAAUAUUUUACCAGUAUCAUCCGAAAUUAUCGAACUCAUUCAAAAUAACAAAAUUACCGUCCAAAUGGUACGCAAUUUACUUGAAAAAUUUUCAUAUAUUCGUAGAAAAGACAUUAAUUUAUUCGCAGAGCUUUAUGUACAGCUAUUAAACGGAUGCCCACAGAUGGUUUAUACAGAACAUAGUAAUUUAUCGAAGUUAAUAUAUUAUAAAAGACACGAAUCUGAUAAAUAUAACUCAGAAGUAGAAGAAGUUCUCAAUUUAUAUCCAAAAGAUUCGCCUUUAUACUACAUUGCAUGGGACAAAGUUGAUGAUCUUAAAACUAAAUUCCCAAAUCUUGAUGUCAAUAAAAAUUUUCAUUUUUCUUAUUCUUCACUUGAUUGUGCACUUGAAUACGGAUCAGAACUAUGUUUCAAUUACCUUAGGAAUUUAGGAGCUAAAUAUAACCAGUUUUCCGAAAGUUAUGCUGUUAAAGGUGGUAAUAUAAACAUUAUGUCACAAAUGCUCGAAGAUGGUUUGUCAUUUUAUUGUAUGAUUGAUUAUGCACUGAAUUAUCAUAACUUUGAAAUUGCAGAAUAUCUGAGAUCUAAUUUAGGACAAUACUCUCAUUCAAUAUCAGGUUGCAUGAAUUAUGGAAAUUUCGACUUUGCUUCUUAUUUGCUUUCUAAUGGGGCAGAUGUUGAUAGGGGAUUUAAUUUCUUUCUUUUCAUAUCUAUUUUUGUUUUAUGA